AUGGCGAUCACGGCCAACGGGAGUGGCAGCGGCGGCGGCGGCGGAGGAGGCGGAGGGGCGGGAAGUUCCAGCACGGACAGUCCGUUCGUCAUCGAGCACGACGAUGAUUCAGUAUUGGAUAAUGAUUACCUAGAGGGUGGAACCAUCGAAGCCGACAAUCCGGCUCACAGCAACGAACCCACCACCGACCGCACACCUCUAACAGGAAACAUCGCAUCCUCCUCCUCAUCACGCCCCAACAUCACCGGCUCCUUCCUUACAUCCUCCAUCCCCGGCGAGGAUCGGCGCGCUCCACAAAACACCAUCGACGAGACUGUCUGGGCCACCUUAUCACGCGACCUGCUGGCCGUCUGGGAGAAAAUGCGACAGGUGUUGUGGCCCAAGUAUCUGCUAGGUGGCAUGUUGGCGCGCGGGGGAGGGAUUGGGGCAGCGGAGCGUGGGGAGGCCAGCGGAUUUGGCAAUGGCGUCGGUGGAGGGAUCAGGGGAUUGGUGGGGAGGUGGCCGGAUGCGGAUGUCGUUCUCCAGGGGGGGAUGAGUGAGGGAUUGAGGGAUUGGGAUCUUUGGGGACCGUUGAUUUUCUGUUUGUUGCUUAGCAUGUUUCUAUCCAUGCGAGCGCAGGGAGAUCAGGUCAGUUUGGUCUUCUCGGGCGUCUUUUGCAUAGUAUGGAUUGGAGAGGCGGUUGUGACGAUGCAGAUUAAGUUGCUAGGCGGGAAUAUAUCGUUUUUCCAAUCCGUCUGUAUAAUCGGCUACACUCUUUUCCCGCUCGUGAUCGCUGCUCUCCUCAGCGCCUUAGGUCUCCCCAUCGUAGCACGGGUCCCCGUCUACCUUGUUCUGAUCGCCUGGUCACUGGCUGCGGGGGUGAGCAUCCUUGGUGGGUCCGGUGUGGUGAAGAAUCGGGUGUUAAUCGCGGUUUAUCCACUAUUUGUAUUUUAUAUUGGAAUUGGGUGUUUGUGCUUUAUUAGCUGA